CCCCACAAUACGGCGAGCACGGCACGGCAGCGCUGACCCCUCGAACCUCGUCAACUCCUCCUAAUCCUCUACACGCUCAGAGCCCCUCGGUCUCCGACGACCGGCCGGCGAGAUGGCGGAGACGGUGGCCGGCUGGCUGGUGUGCCCGGUCAUCCGGAUCGUCGUCGACAAGGCCAAGUCCUGCGCCGCCGACCGGAUUAGGUGGCUCAACGGCGGCGUCCCCGAUGCGCUCAACCAGCUGGACUGGACGCUCACGGAGCUGCGGACCGUGGCCAGCGCCGUCGAGCUGAGCCGCGGCGCGAGGGGCAACGGCGCCCGCGACCUCGAUCGGUGGCUGCUGCAGCUCAAGGACGCCGUCCACGAGGCCGACGAGGUCGUCGACGAGUUCGAGUACCGGAGCCUCCGCCCCGACGGCGGCAAGGUCGACCGCGCGCGCUCCUCCCUCGUCAAGUUCGGCAAGCAGCUCUCUGGCACCGAUGAGCCGCUCAACAGGCUCAAGGCCGUCAUCGAGAAGCUGGCCGGCAUCAAGGCCAGCUCCGGGCGGCUGAUGCAAGCGGCGGGGCUGGAGGCGUCGUUGUCCGGCGAGCUGAGCGGCCGCCACCCCACCUGGGAGGACCCCGACACGGGCUCGCUGCUGGAGGAAGGCGAGGUGUUUGGGCGUGACGCGGAGCGAAAGGAGAUGGUUUCUUGGCUGCUAGCCACCGGCCCGCCCCACUGCCCAGAUCGGCGCGCCGCCGCCGUCCCCGUCGCCGCGAUCAUGGGGCUCGGUGGGAUGGGGAAGACCACGCUGGCGCGCGUCCUGCUCCACGACGAUUCCGUGAAGAAGGCGUUCGAUUUGGUGAUGUGGGUGUGUCCUGGUGCCACUUACCACAAGGUUGAGCUCGUCAAGCAAAUCUUGCAGUCUGCGGGAGUACAAGUCCCUGACAAUAUGAAGAACUUCGCUGUGCUCCAGAAGCAGUUAGGGGAGACCGUCUUAUCCAAGAGGUUCCUGCUGGUUCUCGACAAUGUCUGGAAUAGAGGGGACAUGGAUGAGUAUAUGUGGAGCGAGGUGUUGGCUCCUCUUAAGUUUGGGAAUCCUGGGACUGGGAGUAAGAUCAUAGUCACCACCCGAAAAAAGAUUGUAGCCACCUCGCUGAAUGCGAGCAAGCAGGUCAUGUUGGGUGGGUUGGCGUUCGCCGAUGUUUGGUCGCUGUUCACAAGGAUUGCUUUCGGCAACGACAGCGUUGACAAGCAUCCGGCAUUGCACGCAAUUGCGGAGAUGCUUGUUCCAAAGCUCAAGGGGUUGCCAUUUGCUGCCAGGGUCGUUGGCGGGAUGCUUAAGAGUACCCGGAGUAUCCGUGAGUGGAAGAGGAUCUCGGAAAUGGAAAGCUAUGACAAUGUAAACUUGACGCUGGAGUUGUGUUAUCGGAACUUGCAGGAACACCUGCAGCCAUGCUUUGCAAUCUGUAGCAUAUUCCCCAAGAACUGGCGGUUUAAGCGUGACAAGUUGGUUAAGAUUUGGAUGGCAUUGGAUUUCAUUCAGCUAGCUGAUGGGAAGAAACCGGAGGAUGUAGGGAAGAAGUACUUUGAUCAACUUGUGGAUGGGUCUUUCUUCCACGAGCGCAAGGAGGGCCAUCAGAAUUACUAUUACAUUCAUGACCUGAUGCAUGAUCUGGCCGAGAAUGUCUCACGAAUUGACUGUGCAAGAAUCGAGAAUGUUGAUGGCAAACAGAUACCUAGUACAGUUCGGCACUUAUCUGUUACUGGUGAGGCUGUCACGCAUCUCAAAGGCCGGUGCCAUCUUGACAGGCUACGCACAUUCAUAAUUCUCAAGCAAUCUUCGUCUUCCCUCGCUCAACUGCCAGAUGAUAUCCUCAAAGAAUUAAAAGGUGUCCGUGUGCUUGGUUUGGAUGGCUGUGGUAUGGCUGAUUUGUCCGAUAAAAUCGGUCAACUGAUCCACCUGAGGUACCUGGCUCUUUGCAAGACAAUCACAAGGCUUCCACAGUCAUUGACAAAGUUAUUCCUUCUUCAAACCUUAAGCAUCCCUAAGAGGUGCCGCCUCGAGGAGUUUCCAAAAGAUAUGCGGAACUUGAAAUAUUUGCGCCAUUUGGAUAUGGACAGGGCAAGUACAUCGAAAGUUGUGGGUAUUGGUCAACUAAUUCAUCUCCAGGGAUCAAUUGAGUUCCAUGUUAAAAGGGAAAAGGGUCACACGUUAGAAGAUUUGAAUGAUAUGAAUGAUCUCUGCAGAAAGCUCCAUAUCAAGAACCUUGAUGUUGUAGCCAGCAAACAAGAGGCCUGCAAAGCUGGCCUAAGAAACAAACAUGGCCUUAAGGUGCUAGAACUGGAAUGGAAUUCCACUGUUAAGAGUGACCCUUCUGUGGACGCUGAUGUCUUAGAAGGCCUUGAACCUCACCCGCAUGUUGAAGAGGUCCGUAUCAGAAGAUAUCAUGGUAAUACUCCACCGCGUUGGUUGAACAUGAGUUUCAGGAAGGACAGUAAGCUGUGCCUGCUUAAAUCUUUAUAUUUGACCAACUGUAGAAAGUGGGAGGUCCUGCCUCCUCUUGGGCAGCUUCCGUGCCUGAAGGUUUUGCAUUUGAAAGAGAUGUGCGCACUGAAACAGAUUGGCAGCGAGUUCUAUGGAGUCAAAUUGAUUGCAUUUCCAUGCCUGACAGACCUUGAAUUUGAUGAUAUGCCACUGUGGGCUGAGUGGACUAAAGCAGAUAAUACGAUCAACAAUGUUUUUCCCAAGCUCCGUAAGCUGAAUCUUUUGAACUGUCCCAAGUUGGUCAAAGUGCCACCUUUCUCUCUGUCUAUCCGGAAGGUCACGGUCAGAAAUACGGGGUUUGUUUCACACAUGAAGCUAUCCUUCUCAUCAUCAUCAAAAGCUUGCAAUGCGGCAUUAGAGACAUGUUCUACCAGCAUCCUUACAGAUGGCUUGCUGCACCAGCAACAGGCGGAAGCGAUUUCAGUUUUGACUCUGCGGCACUGCCAAGGUGUGAAGUUUGAGGAGCUUCAGGGACUUACCUCACUCAAGAAGCUGCAAAUAUCUCAUUUAGACAUAACUGAUGAGCAGCUGGGUACUUGCUUGCAAGGUUUACAAUCGCUUACCAAUCUGGAGAUAGACAAUUGCAACAACAUAACAUCUCUUCCACAUGUUGAGAAUCCGAGCGGAUUAACGACGUUGCACAUUCGGCAGUGCUCCGAGUUGUCUUCUCUGCAUUCCUUGCCAAAUCUUGCAGCACUAGAAAGCAUGUCGAUCGAAAAUUGCUCCAAGCUCACCGUGGAAUCUUUCCCUACCGACUUCAGCAGACUCGGUUCCCUGAAAAAAUUGAAUAUAAUGUGCUGCACGGAGCUGGAGUCGCUGCCAAGUGGCUUCCCGUCUUCACUGCAAGUUCUUGAUCUGAUUGGGUGCAAGCCAGCGCUCUUGAACCAACUGCAACUCAAGGACGGACCAGAAUGGGAUAAAGUAGCACGUGUCCCGAUUAAACGGAUCCAUUGACCAGAGGUUUAUUGCGUAGGUGCAUCUGGUACCGCUAUCAUGUCAAUUUCAUCACCGUUCAAACGAAUACCAUCUUUACUAUGAAAUAGUCAGAUAAAAUCAAGAUCUAUCUAUUUCCCUUGCAUAGUCAAUAUUCGCCAUUUC